GGUGGAAAAACGAAAGAAAGGUCUUUGGCGGAUUCGUGACAGAAAACGGACCUCGUUUUACCCCUGGCCCGGCGCCGUUUUUUUCUCUCUCGCUCUUGUGAGCGGCGUGGUUUCCCUGGUGGGACCACACGAAAGGAGGGAAGGAGAAGUAGGCGGCGGUAGGACCUGCCCGGCGAAUGGUGGUCCUGCCGGCACCCUCCGGGUGGCAGCGCGGGGAAGGCGAGCGCCGCGGGGGCCAGGAAGGGCAGCGGGGCUGGCUGGCUGGCUGGCUGUCAGGCGGGCGAGCGAGCGAGCAAGUUUUCGAGGGGCAACUGACGGGAUGGAUUGAUUGGUAAAGAUGGAGAGAGGCAGAGGAGGAGGAGGAGGAAGGAGUGUGGGGGGCUCUGGCCUACACAGGAGCAUUUACUCCCAGUCCCAGCAGCAGUAUCAUUAUCCUGCCUCCUCUUCUCAGGCGGGCUGCAUGGAGAUCCAGGAACUGGCCUCCAAAAGAGUGGACAUCCAAAAAAAGAGGUUUUAUCUGGAUGUGAAGCAGAGUUCCCGGGGCCGCUUCUUGAAGAUAGCAGAAGUCUGGAUAGGAAGAGGCAGGCAGGACAAUAUCAGAAAAAGCAAGCUGACAUUGUCAUUGUCCGUAGCUGCUGAGUUAAAGGAUUGCCUGGGAGACUUCAUAGAACACUAUGCCCAUUUGGGUCUGAAGGGCAGCCAAAGUCACCGGAAUGAUCACACAAAUGGCAAAGAGCAAGAUUCAAGAAGGCGGCAACAUCAUCACCCACCAUCCCCUCCAGUAUCAGUUGGUUCUGAAGAGCAUCUUCACAGUGUCUUAAAAACUGAGUAUAUUGAAAGAGACAAUAGGAAGUAUUACCUAGACCUCAAGGAGAAUCAGCGUGGGCGUUUCUUAAGGAUUAGACAGACUUUGAUUAGGGGACCUGGCAUGAUAGGAUAUUUUGGUCACAGUUUGGGACAGGAACAGACUAUUGUUCUUCCAGCACAGGGGAUGAUUGAGUUCAGGGAUGCUUUGGUCCAGCUCAUUGAAGAAUAUGGUGAAGGAGACAUAGAAGAAAGGAGAAGUGGAGGUGAUGAGCCUCCUGAACUUCCAGAGGGGACUUCUUUCAGAGUAGACAACAAGAGGUUCUACUUUGAUGUGGGGUCUAACAGGUAUGGUAUUUUUUUGAAGGUAAGUGAAGUGAGACCUCCAUACCGUAACACCAUCACUGUCCCAUACAAAGCAUGGACAAGAUUUGGGGAAAACUUUAUCAAGUAUGAAGAAGAGAUGAGGAGAAUUUACAACGGCCAUAAAGAAAAAAGAAUGGAUGUCAGAGGGGACAGUGGUGAAGAACAAGAGAGUCUUGAUUAAAAUGCAUCUCAACAGGCCAAGCAGCAAAAUAGAAAAUUGCCUGGAGGUACUGAUAUAUAGUGGUUUGAAGAAGCUGCCUUUCUUUUUGUAAGUUCUUCCCCGUUGUUAGUAAAUAACUCCAAUAUAUAAUAUGUCAAGGGUCUGGUUAUUAUGUUAAAUUAUACCCAGCAACAUCUCUCCGAUUCUUGCAGACAUACAUAGUUAACCACCCAAGUUUAAAUGAUUCUGAUUCGUAACCUCUACAAGACUAUGAAAUUAUGUAUAAUAGCACUAAAUCUGUUGUUAUGACCUCUUAAAGAAUCUGUAUAAGGUUUGCAUUGCACUGUAAAGUGAUAAAAGUAAGCCAGAUGGAUUUAAUAUCUUCUAAUAUUAACCAUAGAUAGAGCAUUUAUGACCAAAACUGAUAUUUAAAUUAUAAAUACUUGUUUUGGAAAAGGCACCUUAAAUAAGUGUCUGCUGGUUACCUUAUGGUAAAAAUCUUGAGAGGAGGAGUCAAACCUCUGUAUUGUAUUGGCCAGUAAUUAAUUUCAUUUCCAUAUUUGAUUUAAAAGGUUGUUUCGGCUCAACAAUGAUCAUGAAUCAUUCUUUUUUUAUGGACAGCUUACAUCUGUUGAGAAUAGUUUAUUUAAAUAGUGUUACAAAUUUUUCAAAAGAUAUUUUUAUAUUUGUGGUAUAAAGGGAUUCCAGCAAGCUGCUGUGUUGUUGGAAUUUGGUGGGCAAGUUAUGGUUGGGACUGACGUUCUAAAUAGGGAAGCUAAAUGUACUUGUGAUAUGAGAAAGUAUAAGGAACCUUUUUUUAAUGUGUAUGCUUUGAAAAAAUGCCUUGAGAGAUUUUGGUGCAUCGCUUGAUGGUAUCAAAUGGUUUGCUGAUGUAGUUGAAGCAUUUAAUAACAGCCAUUCACACUUCCCUGUGUUAAAUUUGCCAUUUAAGUAUUUCAUUAUUCCAAAUUAUAUUCCAAAACCUUUUCAUUCCAUAAAAAAAAUUUGUCUGAG